AAAUCAGCUGUAUAUGUAGUGAUUGGGAUAAACCUAUAAGCAACAACAUGGUGCAAUGGAAAAUGAAACUCAAAGUUUUGUUUGUCAUUUCUGUGACUGUAGGAAUGUGUAUGUAUAUUUUGUUGCAAAAUUCACCAUUUCUGCAAACUAAAGAAACAAAACAUGCCAUACAACUAAACACAUUGAGUGAUGAAAUUAAACUGGAGAAAGAUACAAGAAGUUAUAAAACUAAAACAGAUUUGAAAACAAUUAAUUGGUCUCAUACAGUGCAAGAUGAACGUAAAUCGAGCAAAAGCAUAAAAAGUGAUAAAACAAAAACAGAAGUAAAAACAGUUGCUGAAUCAUCUAAAGUGCAUAUAAGCAAUACAAAAAGUUUGAGUAUAGUGGAAAAAUCUAGGUUCAUGACAUUUGGAGAAAACCCUCUAUUGUCUGAGGAAAUAAAAGUGAAAGAACACUUUUUACAACUACUAAAUGCAAGAAAAAAAUAUACAAUCACCAAACAUGUAUACAAAGGAUUGGAAUUUCAAAAUAUUUGUGCCGUUCAUUCUGAAGAACUGAUUCUGUCACAAGUGAAGCAGAUGUAUAAGCUUGCUGGAUUAAAGAUAGAUCAAAAGUUCAAUAAAGAAUCUUUACAAUAUCUCUCACAAGAUCUUUUUGGACCACGUUUAUAUCAUUCAACCAAAUAUGAUUACAGCAUAGAGUGGAAACAUGAUGAACUACAUCAUAAUGUUUAUAUGAAGAUAUCUGAAACAUUCCUCAGAAAACCAACAUAUGGCGGUAGCAGCUUCAGAAUUCAUGUACAGGGUGUCCAUAGUUUUUUGUGUCAUGUCAAGGAUAAUUUCAAUGGGAUUUAUCAUGUGUGUUGUCCUUAUGUAGCACCCUGUAGUACUAUAACUGUCACAUUGAUGUACAUGUCUUAUGGAGCAUUCCUUGAUGUACCAACCAUUCAACCAGUUUCCCUAAUUCUCGCUGAAAUUCAAAAUUGUGAUUUACAUCACAGGGAUCAACAGUCGCAUGAACAAUUUGAGAUGGCCAUGAUUGAAAAAGUUCAUUGUGAGAGACAGCCAAAAGUUAUUUCUAAGUAUGGGAGGUGGAUAUUCAAAGAUGGAGUUUUAAGAUGGGGAUUACACUCUAAGUGUCUUACAGAGAUGAUGGAUCCAAAAGCGCUGAGAAAUUGUUUCAACAAACUAAAAAACAUUGAUUGUUAUGGGGACUCCCAUCUCCGAUAUACAAUGACUUAUUUUGGAUCAUUUAUAAGAAACGACUUUGUUAUUCAAAUGUGGGAAAAUUGGGGAUUUAAUCAUUUCAAUUUCAAUUGGUGCCCUGGAUUGCCUGUGGUUUGGAAAUCACUAAGUAAAAAGUACAUUCUCAAUCUCCACAAAACCACCUCUUUUCAAAGCCAAGCAAAGGAUCAACGAAACAGCACUAUACUGAUCAACAAUGGAUCAUGGGACUUAGAUACAGGGCUAUUCUCAGACUAUCUCUAUUCAAUUCAAUCUUUACUCGUGCCUCUUAUAAGAAAAUAUCGCCAAAAUCCAAUAUGGGACACAACACCCAUCAUCUGGCUUAGUAAUCCAGCAUUCCCUCAUGAGUACAGAUUUAUUUUCGAUCAUGGAGGACACCAUAAAAGAAAUGACUUUAGAGCUGCAGCUGCAAAUUCUCUCAUAGAGUCGCUUACUAAAGACUUGAAGGUGGAGUUCAUUAACCAGCUGACCCCCUCAAGUAUAAGGUCCAGUGAUAAUGUAUGUAGUGCACAUUAUAUCUGCCAAAAAGAUGUUAGUGGACCAGAAAAGGCAAUAGGAGAUGUAGGGAUUGUAAUUGCACAUAUGUUGUUUGAUGAGAUGUGUAAAUAGUAAUAUCACUACCCUUGGGUAGAGACUCGUAAUUACAACCCUCGAUGAGAUUGGUGUGUCAGCAUAGGCGUUGCCAGGGGGUGCAAUGGGUGCGAUCUCUUUUUAUUUCAAGCUUCUAGUUUAAUUUUGAAGGAAGUUACAUCAAUUAUUGUAAAAUUCAAAACAAAUCUUUAAAAAAUGUUUUUGCCUUGCUUAUCCCUCGAUGCACCCCCCCCUGACUGAAAACAAAAAAAUUGGGCGAUCGCAACCCCCCUUAUUGAAAGCUGGCUAUGUUUAUGCUCAGUGUCAUGACUAUAUUGGAGUUUGAAUAAUAAAUUCUAGUGUAGGUGAAGGUCUUUUUCAACUCUUGAUAAGGGUAUUAAAAUAUCACCUGUUGUUCUGUAUGUCACUAUCAAUAAUUAAGCAACAUGAGGUGUUUACAAAUUUACUAUUAUUAACUUUAUUUACUGUUUGUGCUGGUGUACUGUCUUGUAUAUUGUAGUUGUGUCUCGUAUAAAGUCCCAUUAUUUCCACAUUUUUAUCCCACGCAACAAAGUUUGGAGGGAUAUAGGGAAUGCCUUAGUCCGUCCCUCCAUCCGAAAAGUAGUGGAGCAAUUUUGUUUAUAUUUGAUAUGUGAGUACUCAUGAGCCUUGCACACUGUUAAAUGACACUUUGGGCAGUAAAAAAUUUACAUUUUUUACUAUAACUCGAAAAGUAAUGGAGCGAUUUUGUUCAUAUUUGAUAUGUGAAUACUAUAAGCAUGGCACAUUGUCUAGUAACACUUUUGAGAGUAGUUGCCAUUUUUUACUAUAACUCAAAAAGUAAUAGAGCGAUUUUGUUCAUAUUUUGAUAUAUGAAUACUCAUAAGAAUGGCACAUUGUCUAGUAACACUUUUGAGAGUAGUUGCCAUUUUUUACUAUAACUCAAAAAGUAAUAGAGCGAUUUUGUUCAUAUUUUGAUAUAUGAAUACUCAUAAGAAUGGCACACUAUCUUAUGACACUUUUGGUAGUAGUCAUCCAUUUAAUGGGAUUUGCUAUACUUUGGCAUUGCUGUUGCCUAGUUACAAUUGCAUUUAGCUGAUAUUGUGAAAUCAGAGGUUGAAGAUUGGGACUUUAUAACUUUUGAGUAGUAAUUUUUAAAACUUGCUUUUUGUAUGUGUAAUCAUGUAGGCCUUGCACAGCAAAAAUCACUGAUGAACAAUAAAUAAAGUCCAUAUCACUUUAAAUCUUUUUUUAAUUUGGUAAAUGCAGCAUUUGACCAUUUCUUUUGAUCUAUUAAACCUAUUUAUAUAUAACUGACAAAUGAUGCAGAUGAGCUCACUUCAAUAAUAUGACUAGAAAAUGGUCAUUAAGGUCAGGGUGCAUGUUUGGAAUUUUGCUGCAACCCUUAAUAGGGUUACAUGUUAUUUUUCAAAUUUGAAUCACUCCUUCUCCACAAUGUCCACAUCUCUCACUUUUGCACAACAAGUGCACUAAUGUACCUAGAAAAGAAUGCAAAGAAGAAUGUUUUGAUAAAUUGUAUAAAAAACAAAAAAUGAAUAUGGCAAUGAACUUAUACAUUUUACAAAAAGAAUCUUAUCACCAGUCUUUUCUAGGCACAUAAGUUCACUCUUUGUGCAAAACUGGAAGAUGUAGACAAUGUGUGGAAGGAGUGAUUCCUGUUUGAAAAAUAACAUGUGACUCAGUUGAGGAAUGCAGAAAAAUUCCCAACAUGCACCCUGGCCUUAAUGAGAUAACUCUCAAUUAAUCUGUUGGGGGUGGCUUAAAAUAAAUUGAUAUAUUUAUGUUUAUCUCCACAUGUUUUCUAAGCAGGGAUACAUUGAAUACCCCUAUACCUUUAUAUUUUGAGUCACAUGGUAUCUGAUGAGAGAACAAGUAUCCCAGCAUGGAAAUAACAUUUAAGUUCUGUACUCUAUGGUUUACAGAUUUUUGCUACUCAAUCUAAAACAAGACUGACAUUUGUCAUAAUGGGAUAUUUUACAUGUUCAUAAUUCCUAAUAGAUAAUUGGGAUAAUUUGUCAUUUAUUUAUUCCUAUGUGGAUGUGCACAUGACUUAAUGAAUACUGGUUGAUUUAAUGCAUUCAUGCCAUGUAUGCAAGUCCUCAUACAAGACUAUCUUGCUUAGAAAUUGUCUAUAAUUCAUUGAGCCCUUGGCUUAAAUCCAUAAAAAUGUACUUGUAUAUAGAGAAGAAUAGAAAAUAAAAUAAUAUUAUGUAUUAUGAAAUUAGAAAACUAUUUUGUUGAAUGUUUGUUCUCAUGAUACACCUCCAUUAUACACCUAUAUAGCUGAUAAUAGCCAAAAGCUACAAUUCAAUCAGUUUUAUGACCUGAAUUAAUCUAUAAAUAUCAUUUUAAUGAACUUUAAAACAACUAUGUCAUCCUAAACUAAUAAUGAUAUGUUGCAUGUGGAAGAAACUUAAAGGAAAAUACCUUUAUUUAUCAAAUACCAG